CUCAUUUAGAGGCUCCCCGCGACAUCUGAUCUACCAAGGUUGGGAGUACACUCCAUGCGCCCUAAGGACUUUGUGAUGUCACAAGGUCACGUGACAGGCUAAAGUCACAUGGCUCCUACUUGUCAGGAGUAACUAGCCGCCGGCUAUUGGAUUGGCGGCGUGCAAUAACCCGGCCACUGUAAAGAGCUGUAGCAUUGCCGGAUAAUCAUGGAGUGUGAGGUUCCUGCGCUUCUCACAGAAUCCGCUUUUGCACAAGCUUACAGAGAGUACUUGGAGAAGGCAGGCAUUCUAGAUGGUCGUUACCGUGCACAGAAGCUUGAGAAUGGCAUGGUAGCUCUUCCAGUUCUUGAAGAAAAACUUAAUGUAUCUGUGCAAGAAAACCUGUUAGAAAAGAUCGCCCCUGGCAGCUCUUGCAGGAAAACUUUGAUUACUAAUCCUGUCCUCUCCAAAAGAGCUAGGGUUCAAUCUCCUGCACAGAAGUUACGAAUGGACCUAUACAACCUAUUGGAAAGCUAUGGAAUAAUGUGGACACGGAAUUUGGAUCGUGACCUUCCUCACUCCUGGCAGGGACAUGGUGACUUAGCCGUUUUGAGUGAAGACUGCUUUUGUGACACUAUAUGGAAACAAUUAGGUGAUGAACUCUGGAACAGUGUAGCAUGCUCUCUUGGAGUAAAACGCCUAGCAAAACAAGGUCGUGUGUUGAAUGAUGGUGUAAGAUCACCUAAUGUGACUUUGUUGCUUGGGGACAAUAGUUGGGUGGAACAUGUGGACAAUGGCAUUCACUACACUUUUGAUUUGACAAAGUGCAUGUUCUCAGCUGGAAAUAUAGUAGAAAAAAUGAGAGUGGCAACUCUUCAGUGUUCCAAAGAAAUAGUUGUUGAUCUCUAUGCAGGUAUUGGAUACUUUACCCUGCCUUUCCUGGUCCAUGCAGGAGCAGCAUUUGUUUACGCGUGUGAAUGGAAUCCCCAUGCUGUAGCUGCUUUGCGGAAAAACCUGGAGCUUAACAAGGUGUCUCACAAAUGCCAAAUUAUUGAAGGUGACAACAGACAGCUAUUGCUGCAAGAUGUAGCUGAUCGUGUGAAUUUGGGCCUAAUCCCCACAUCUGAAGCAGGUUAUCUUGUAGCUUGUAGAGUUCUGAAGAAGAAUACUGGUGGUAUACUACAUAUUCAUCACAAUGUGGACUGUUUCCUGAGCAAAAAUGAAGAAGGUGCUAAAAAUCCUAGAGAUUUACAGAGAAUAAUCUGGAGAGAGUGGGCAGAGUCUACUGAAAGUAAAAUCCGGACGUUUUUACAGGAAGUUCAUAACACUCCAUGGCACACAAGUAUUGUACGUAUUGAGAAGCUGAAAUCAUAUGCACCACAUGUGGACCACGUUGUAUUGGACCUUGAUUGUCGACCUUUACAAUAAAUGCUAUAAUAUCUUA